AUGGCGGGGGAGGCCUCAGUGAGGGCAGGGUGAUUUAAUACCCGAACCCGCGGCGGACCGCGAAGACAGAGGUAGCGGCGCAGCCCCGACCAUGGAGGAGGGCAACAGCGCUGGCAGCGGUGGCAGCGACAGCAGCACCAGCGGGAGUGGCGGGGCGCAGCAAAGGGAGCUGGAGCGCAUGGCUGAGGUCCUGGUCACCGGAGAGCAGCUACGGCUCAGGCUGCAUGAAGAGAAGGUUAUUAAAGAUAGGCGACAUCAUCUCAAAACCUACCCAAACUGUUUUGUUGCGAAAGAACUGAUUGACUGGUUGAUUGAACACAAAGAGGCUUCUGACAGAGAGACGGCAAUUAAACUCAUGCAGAAAUUAGCAGACCGGGGCAUUAUUCAUCACGUGUGUGACGAGCAUAAGGAGUUCAAGGACGUCAAACUCUUCUAUCGCUUUAGAAAGGACGAUGGCACCUUCCCACUGGACAACGAAGUGAAGGCCUUCGUGAGAGGACAGAGGCUGUAUGAGAAGCUGAUGAGCCCUGAAAACACACUCCUGCAGCCCAGGGAAGAGGAAGGGGUCAAGUACGAGCGCACCUUCAUGGCGUCUGAAUUCCUGGAUUGGCUGGUUCAGGAGGGUGAGGCCACCACAAGGAAAGAGGCGGAACAGCUCUGCCACCGGCUUAUGGAGCACAGCAUCAUACAGCACGUGUCCAAUAAGCACCCGUUUGUGGACAGCAAUCUUCUCUACCAGUUCAGAAUGAACUUCCGGCGGAGGCGAAGACUGAUGGAGCUGCUCAAUGAAAAAUCCCCCUCCUCCCAGGAAACUCAUGACAGCCCCUUCUGCCUGAGGAAGCAGAGCCAUGACAAUCGGAAAUCUACCAGUUUUAUGUCAGUGUUAAAAAGACCCGUCACUUCUGAGGAACUCCUGACUCCUGGGGCUCCGUAUGCGAGGAAGACAUUCACGAUUGUUGGUGACGCAGUAGGCUGGGGCUUUGUGGUGCGAGGCAGUAAGCCAUGCCACAUCCAGGCCGUGGAUCCCAGUGGCCCAGCAGCCGCUGCAGGAAUGAAGAACCCAAACUGGCUUCCUGGAUGUGGACCCGUGCAAUGGUUUGUCUCCCUUUCAAAAAUCUGCAUCCAUUGUCCUCUUUUGGAGGAAGAGAUUGCGCAGGAAGAGGGACAGAAGAGAAAAACAAAUAUUUAUUUAACAUUCACUGGUAUUAAACGCUGGGCUUAGUACUUAAUUAGAUUUGAUCCUCAUCAUAAACACGAUCCCCAUCUUACAGAUGAGUAAAGUAUAACUCAGAGACUUCCUAAAAAGUGUAUCUCCAGGGAUACACUUGGCUAAAGUCACAUAACUAGUAAAUUAUAAAAAUGAGAGUUAACAAAUUUUUAUUGCACUAUAUAAAAAAUGUACAAAUUAUUCAUGCACAUCUCAAACUAUAUUACAGAGUAAAUUACUAGUGCAACUACUACCUAGGAAUUCUAAGACCAUGGAUUAGUUGUCUACUUCUGAAAUUUAUAUAAAUUUAUCAUAUUGCAGUCAUCAUAUUGGGUACAUAUCUAGGAGUGGAAUUGCUAGGUCAUAAGUUAUGCGUAUAUGUUACAUGUAACUAGAGUAAUUGUUCUAUCCUCUAUUGAAAGUGGAGCAGAAUAGUCUCCAACUGUUAUUGAAUUGUCUGUCCUUUGAAUUCUGUGCAUUUGGCUUCAUGUAUUUGGGGGCUUUUUUUGUUCGGCAUAUACAUUUCGUGUUUGUGCUUGAUAUAUAUACUUGUUAGGUAUAUAUGUUUAUAAUUUUUGUAUCUUCCUGGUGGAUUGAACCUUGUACAUUAUAAAAUGUCCUUUUCUUCAAUGCUGACUUUGUCGUAAGCCCACGUGUAGGGGUCCAGUUUCUGGACUUUUGAUUCUGUUGCGUUGGUCUAUAUACCUAUACUAAUACUAAUACUACCACCAUCUUAUAGACUAUAAUAAUAGGCUGUAGCUUUAUAAUAUGUCUUUUAGACCUUUGUUGUUGUUAUUUACAUAUCGAAAACACUUAAGUGCCUGAGAGAGAUUCAUCUUACACUUCUUCAUUUGUACUCUUCUGAACUGCAGUUUACAUAUCUAAAAAUAAUGUCUCCUUUGCAAAUGUAAUGCAAGCAAACUCCUGACCUAGUUCUUGGCACCUAAAUAACCAGUUAUUAAUAGUAAAUGUUGUUCAAUCACUAACUAAUAGAAGUUAUUUUUUUCUCAUUGAAUUUUAGAGCUGAAAGGUGCUUUAAAGUCUCUAAUAAAUAUACAGUUUUUUGCAGCCCAGUUGAUCAGAUGACGAACUAAUGCUUGGAGAAGUGAAACAGCAUGUUCAGAAUGAUUCAGCUGUUUGGGUGCAGAGCUGAGACUAGGAUUUCUCUCCUGACUCCUAAUCCAGUGCUUUCUCCAUUGCUCUAUGCUUAAUUUACCCUUGGGGAGAUCCUCACUGGGGAGGCAGGAAGGAAGGAGAGAAUGAGUGUAUCCCUGGAGAUACACUUUUUAGGAAGUCUGUUUUUGCUGUGAAUAAGCCAAGCUUUACAGACAAGUGAAGGGUGCCUCACAUUGAACUUGGCAACACCCAUUCUGUGUUGAUCACCUGAUACCAGCUUUCUCACCCACCUACAGAAGACAGAUGGUAUAUUGAAUCUUCUGCUGUCCUGUUUCUAUUGUGAAGCAAAGAUUGCAACGACAAAAAGGGAAUGUGAGUGGAAUUGGUAAUGCCAGUUAAAGGCACAGAUUAGGUGAUGUAAUCACCAUGACAAAUGGUGUGCCUUGGGGGAGUUUGCUGGCUGAAUUAUAUGCAGCAUUGUUACCAAGGGUAAUUAUACAAACCUCUAUUUGUGUUAUGUCCUUCCUCCUGGAACCUUUAAAAUCUUCAUUCAGGAAUCAUUAACAUUCACCUCACUCUAGCAGAAGAGUUAUAAAGAAACAUGGUUUUUAAACUUUGGUUGAGGAUAAUAAGACCUGCCAAGUCUAGCCUGAGAUGUAAAGAUUAGCUUGAGUUAUUCU